GAAAGGCGGAGAGCAUUCGAGGAGCGCCUCGGUCAGGCUCCCAGCAUGCAACGCGGCGUGGUUUGAAUGGCGCUGCCUCAGCGGAGGAGGCCCCGGCGCUAAUUCCUCAUUGCCGCCGCCCAAUCCGGCGGCUUCCAUUUGAGGCCUGGCCAGCGGCACCUGUGGCGCUGGACCAUGAGCAGCAGAGGCAGCAGGUGAGUGAGUGAGUAGAUAAAGCCCUCAGGGCUUCCCUGUCGCGGAGUUAGGCGGGUAGGCCUUGCAUCCCCUCGGCGCUGUGCCUGAGGGCUGACCAUUGGGCUCAGGACUGUGGGAGGCGGCUGUUCAGCGCUCCCCUUCUUCGGCCUUGUUUUUCUGCGAGAGGAAGGCGCUGCUCCUUCCUUGGUGGAGAGAGAAGAGGCCCUGUCGGGAGGAGGAGGAGUGUCUUCGUGGGCUAGUCUCUACCUGCCUCCGAGCCACCCACUGCCUGGGCUACACCUGUGUCGUGAGGCAAGGUUCUCUCCCUCCCACUUUGCCUUCGAAUUGGAGAGAGCCCGUCUUGAACACCUCCAGCGCUCUUCUUUCCCCUCUUUGGGGUCGCCUAGUGAAUGGGUUUCCUGCCCUACCAAAGGAGCCGAAUUUCCAGCCUGAAAAAGCCGCCAGUUAACCAGACCUCUUGAAUGGAUUUUGGAGAUUAUGGCAUCUGAAGCCCAAAAUGAUAGGAAACGGAGCCUAUUGUAUAUUGCGGGUCAUCCUGUUGAUCUUCCUAGAAAAAGAAGUUCUUGUUCUAUUAAUGAGAACAUGAAGGAGGGUAAGAAAUCUACAAAACAUUUGGCUUCUUGCUCAGGCAGAACAACAGUUGGACAAACUGUGAUCAGCCCUCAUCCUCUGUUCAAAGUAGUAUAUUGCAGAAGAAAAGUUCACUACUAUUCUCCGAAGCCUUCUUUCAGAAAGAAACCACUUUCUAAAGUCAAGAGCCGUGACAUGGCAAAUAAGGAAAAUGAACUGGCAUGUGCAGGUAAUCUGCCAGCAAAACUGCCUGCUGAUGGGCGCACAUUCUUGCUGAACUCCAGUGAUUCUGGUCGUGCUCAAGCAGAGAGCCCUUCAUCAAAAUACAGUGGAUUUUUUUCAGAGGUUUCUGAAGAUCAUGAAACAAUGGCACAAGUUCUCUUCAGUAGAAAUCUUCGACUGAAUGUAGCUUUGACCUUCUGGAGAAGAAGAAGUAUAAGCGAGCUUAUAGCCUAUUUAGUGAGGAUACAAGAUCUAGGUGUGAUGGUAGACUGCCUUCCUGUUCUGACCAGCAGUUUACAGGAAGAAAAACCAUAUAUUUCUGUUGGCUGCUGUGUAGACCUUCUACCAUUAGUAAAAUUAAUGCUUAAAAGCAAAUUUGAAGAAUAUGUCAUCGUUGGUUUAAAUUGGCUCCAGGCUGUAAUUAAGAGAUGGUGGUCAGACCUCUCUGCCAAUACUGAAAAGAUAGAGGAUGGAAAUAUUCAAAUUUUAAAAGAACAGUUAAGUGGAUUGUGGAAACAAGAAAAUCAUCUUACUUUGGUUCCAGGAUAUACGGGUAAUAUAGCAAAGGAUGUGGAUGCUUAUUUAUUACAGCUGCACUGACGUUCCUGGAGGACACAAUUAUAUGUGUAUGCACUACUGUGUGCUGGCUGCCAAGAAAAAGCCCUUCAAGUAACACUGAACUGUGUACUAUUUCCAAAAGGACUUCUCUUCUGGAAACCGUCUGACAGAAGAGGAUAUUAGAAGAUCAGACUGUGUAAUGCAACCACUAAAAAACCAUCUGCUUCACAUUGAAGUGGAAAAAAAUCAAAUAGGAGCUACUUUUACUUCAGUGAGGUGAAAGUGCACUAUGAAAACUGUAUGUAUGCCUUUGCUGCAUUUGGGAUUUGUCCGGCUAUCUGCUGAAGUUGUGAAAGUGUUUCUGCAACGUAAUUGUAUAAAAGAGCAAAACAUAUUUGUGAAGAAAGAAUGGCAGAACCCGUUACUAGGAACCACAGGAGACUAGUCACCAUAAAUAUUUUUUAAACAUUGUUUUUCAUAUGAACUGUAAAAUGUGUUUAUAGCCAAGAUAUGUUACAAUUUUGCGAUUUUACUGUACUGAAAUUUUGAAAUGUGUGUCUGCUAUAUUAAUCAAGAUAUUAAAGAUUAUUUUUGUUGCACUACUGAGAAACUGUAUAUAGCAAGAGGCCUUAACUACUAGUAUUGCAAAUAGCCAAUAUAUAUUAAGAUAUCAUAUAACCAAUAUAUUAAGAUACAUAUAGAAGGAUGGAAACCCUUUAUUGAAAUCAGGGCGUUUACACAAAUUGUAUACAAACCAUUUUGACAAAAUUUGCACACUUAAAUAUAUUUAUGUGGAUGUUUCCACUGACUACUUUACCUAUUGACCUAAUUGUAAGAGGAUACAAAAAAUACAGGCGUGGAGAAAAAAUGAUGGCCAAAUUCAGAAAAAUAGUGAAGGUGUACACCUAGAAUGUUUAGUACCUAAAGUUUCUAAUAUAUUAUGUUUAUCAUUUAAAUUGCCUUCAGUUGCAUAAACAUACUAGGCAAUACUAUUGUUUUAAAUUAAGUUUGGAUAACUAUCUGGGUCUCCUAACUUAUUCAGAACCUCUUCUGUUGUACUUAAAUAUAUAUAUAACUCCUGCUCUAGAAAUGUUUACAGCCAGGGUAGGCCUGUGCUUUUCAGAUUUAACUCCGCAUCUGCUACCUCCUCUAACAAAUGUUGCUGCAGCUCUUGCAAAUGUAGUUGCCAUAUGGCCAUAUUCCUAACUUAACAUUUAAACUUAACUGGAAUAUGAAUGCAAUACAGCCAGUGCAAAAGUUUACAUUAUAUUUUGUUUUUACUAAUUUGUGAUAUUUUAGUUCAACCUGCUGUGGCUUAUCAGCUAUAUUAGAAAGCAAAAUGGCUUGAUGGGAUUAUGGGAUGGCACUUGUAUUUCAUGUAAGUAGUAAAUGUUUGUCCAAAUAAAAUUAUCUAAAGUGCCAGCUGUGCACUAAAACAAACUGAAAUGUAUUUUUGCAAGAUACCAGUCAAGUUGAGAAUUGGAUUUUACUUUGAUAUUUGAAUAUGUCUUGAGAUUAUAUUUGAACUGCUGCUCUGAUGAACGGCAGUAUCUUAUACAGGGAACCUCUUCUCAUAUCCCCAGGUUAUUACAGUGCUAGCCAAAAGAAAGAGGCCAAUACCUCUGCCUAGACUUUCUAUGCUCAUUUUCCCAAAGUUACUUCCAAGUUUCUGUAAAUCAAGAAAUUGAAUAAAAGUCUUUUUUUGUUG